CAAUCAUCAUAUGAAUUCAAUGAAUCAAUGGAUGUUAAUAAAUUGGAAAAUUUUUAUGAUAUUCCAAUUGAAACAGAAUUUUUACACAAUACAUUUCUACUAUCAAGUUCAGUAAAUUCAAUACGUUUUUGGUCAUUAGAUUGUCCGAUUCAUCAUUCAAAUCCAUUGAUGAUAAAUUCAACCCGUCAUGCAUAUCGUCAACAAUAUGGUAUAUCUGGUAUGUCACUUUAUCGAUCAACGAAAAAUAUUCAUCUAAUCUGGUUCGAUGUACCAAGUUAUCAACUGUAUCAUGGAACCAUAAUAAGACCAAUGAAUAAAAAAGAUUGCAAUUCACUAUUAAGACUUGAAAAUAUUCAACCAUUACAAUUUGAUUCGAAUCCUUAUUCGGAUAAUCCAAAUGGUGAUAAUUUUUUUCAUCUUACAAUCGAUACGAAAAAUCAAUUAUUAUUUCUAUCAAAUUUAUUACAAAAUCGUAUUGAUAUUUAUGAAAUUAAUGAUGAAUCAUUGAUUGAAAAUAAAAUUCAAUGGCGAAAAUCAUUUAAUCAAACUAAUCAUCCAAAAAAUAUACAAGCGGAUUCAAAAUUGAAAAUAUUAUUCUGGAUUGAAUCAUGGAAACGUAUUUGUCGUAUGGAUUAUUCGGAUUUACAAAAUAAUAAUUUAAUUAAAAAUUGUACGGAUGAUUUUUUCAAACAUCAACCAAUUACAAUGACAUUAGAUUCGGAGAAUCAUCGUUUGAUAUGGUCAGAUAAAUCGAAUCAUAUUCUUUCCGGUGAUUAUUGGAUUCGAAAUGAAAUGGAAGCCAUUUCUAUUUAUAAUUCAUCUAUAUCAUCGGUUAUUGAUUUGACAAUUUUUUCCAACCGAGAUAUUCGAAAUGGACAAAAUGAUCAUCAUAAGCAGCAAAAACAAUGGAUUUUUGUACAAGAUCAACAUGAAAUUCAAUUGAUUGAUUUAUCAACAAAUAAUGAAACAAUUGUAUUGAUUGAAUCACAAACAAUAUUUGAAUCAUUAUUGUUAACAUUUCGUGAUAAUGAGGAUAAUCAUCAAAACAACAAUAAUGUUGUUGAUGUCAACAGACAUUCGACAAAACAUCCGAUAAUUUCCGAUGAACAGGAUGAACAUCAACGAAAACAACAACAACAAGAACAGAUUAUUCGAAUCGAUAAUAAUUGGUUUUAUUUUUUUAUUACAAUAUUUAUUAUUAUAAUCAUUUUGAUUGUGAUAUCAAUUAUUUUUACCUGUUUUACAAUUUAUAAUCGUUCAAAUAAUAAUAAUGAUAAUAAUAUCAAUGAUAAUGAUAGUAUUGAAUCAACGUUUCCGGCUAAUCGGUUAUCGAAUCCUGGUUAUCGAAAAUUAGAUCGAAUAUCGGAUGAUCGAAUUUCCGAUUUAUCGGAUAAUUCAUUCACACAACAGCAACAACAACAACAACAACCAUAUUCAACUAGCCUUAACAACAAACCGAAUAAAAUGAAAACAAAAUUAAUUACAAAUGAUAUUGAAGAUAUUGUUGUUGUACCGAUCAAUAUUACAUCACGUGAUUCAAAAGAUUAUAAUAAUAAGAAAUCAUCGUCAUUAUCAUUUAUAAAUCCAUUCAUUUUAGUUAAUAAUUGUGAUACAUGUUUAAUACCUGAACAAUGUCAAGGACAAGGUAUAUGUUUAGCAACUUAUGGUUCAAGAAAUAAAAAUAUUUGUAAAUAAUAAUUAAUAAUAAAAAAACUUGUAAUUUUAAUAAUAAUAAUAAAAAAUUUUCUCCUUUUAACCUAAUCAUCGUUUUACUUGAAAAAAAUUACAAAAAAAAACCUGUUUUAUAAUGUAAUGUAAUAGAUAAUUAUAAAAAAGAGUUUUACGGAGGAAAAAAAAACUA